AUGUGUCACCAAUUCAACACCUAUUUCACACGGUGCCGGCACCGCGAACAAGUCCUCAACAGAUGCGCGUCAUCCUUCGAGAACUAUAAAAGAGAGCCCAAGAAGAAGAAGAAAGGUGGGUGGUUCAAGAAUCUCUUCUCCCAUUCCUCAUCUAAGAAGCAGCAGUGGGAGUGCGACCGGCACAUCAUCAGCGAACGCCGACUCGAAUACUGCAACGCGUGCACCAUGAACCGAGAACUCAAGCGCAGAGAACGAGAAGCAAUCAUACGACGCGAGCAAGCCAAGACGAGAGAGGAAAUCAGACAAGCAAGUCUGCAGCGCUUCGCGUUCCGAUGUUCUCGUUGCAGAGCAGAGCGUCGCAACUUGCGCCCUGAAGACAGAGAUCCACAGAUUAACCGCGGCCUCUGCUGUGCGAGAGGCUUGGACGAGUAUGAGAAGUAUGAGACGCGGGAGGGAAAAUGGGGAAGUGGAAGCGGGCUACUUCUUCCUCAAUACAAAUAUCAUCCCAUCACAGGCAGUCAAGCAGCUCCUCGCACACCGCGCAAAGAGAGAGAUCCAGCAUCCCGAAGAAGGUCGGCUGGUACGGAAGCUGCUCAGAUAGCGGCCAAAGAGGCUUCGCGCAGAUAUGGUUGGGAGAAUGAUCCUCGCUAUUCAGCAGACAUCAGCACAGAACUCGCCAGAGAUAUAACUAACCUGGCUGCCUCGGUGUCACGCAGACCGCUAUCACCGAAGUACGAAGUGACAGUAGAGAAUUAUCUUCCUGAGCCAAAACAAGAGGCACCCAAAAAGCACGACGCGACAAUAGCUGUUUCGUCUGCGGAGCGGGGCGGAAACAUAUCGCCGAGGUACGAAGAGCCAGGUAUUGAUUGGGACAGGUGGGAUCGAGCACCGCAAACCUUUCAUGGACGUUAUCCACCGGCCACAGUACCACCUCGAAAGCCUGUACCUCAAAGGCCUGAGAUUCAAGUGCCUCAGCCUCGCAAGUACUUUCCGCAAAAUAAUCUGCUACGAGACCCUCCGCGUCAAGAGCCUCUGCCUCGAGAUCCUCUGCAGCGAAAGCCCGUAGCUCAAAGUCUCCAAGGUCCUCUGCCUCGAGAUCCUCUGCAACGAAAACCUGUGGCCCAAGGUCCCCAAGGUCCUCCGCCACAAGAGUCUCUGCCUCGAGAUCCUAUACGGCGAAAGCCUGUGGCCCAAGGUCCCCAAGGUCCUCUGCCUCGAGAUCCUAUACGGCGAAAGCCUGUACCUCAGCGUCUCCAAGGUCCUCCGCCACAAGAGCCUCUGCCUCACCCACCUCUCAGAAACCAAAGAGGUGAAGUGUGGAGAGAUUCCCGCGACAUCAUGAAAGAGUCUAAAGAUACUGCGGGUCAGUACGGCACUUCUGCACUCAGCCCAGACUCUCGAUGCUACCCCGCCACACAGCAGCAGUAUCACAAUUUCCCGGACACCCCGGAAUCUGGACAGAAACCCACUAGGGAUCAGCAGUACAGUCCGCUCGGCCCGGGUGUUGGCUACAAUCCUACUAUGGAUCACCAUCGCGCUCUUCCGCUGACGCCCGACUCUCGACACUAUCGAGACCCGUCGCCGUCGCCGCCGUCGCCUGUCUCGCCACUGGAUACCACGAAAUGGGACCUCCCUCUCCCUGCGAGACCGCUCAAGAGCAUGGUCUCCCGUCUGGACGAUUCAAUCGACGAGGCCUUGGAAUUAUGGAAGAAGUAUGAUGGCUUAGGACCUAUCUAAAGAAAAUGAGUAGAAGAAUAUCCCUUGCUCAGCCACUGAGGAGCCUGGUGCCCCGUCUGAACAGUUCGACUCGGGAGGAUUUGAAAUUUUGGAAGGAGACUGAUAACUUGAAAUGGACAUGGAGGAGAAAUCAAGUGGGACAGGAGGCUAUCUGGAUUUAUAGGAGGAGGUCUGAUUUAGUAAUAUCAUUUUCCUACUAUAAAACAAAGACUUUGUCCUUGCGUGCAAGUGAUGGUGAGUUGCCAAAGUUAAUGACAAGAACUAACAUGUAGUAGGUAG